AUGCCGCUUCGUCGGUCAUCCGGGCAGACAUUCGCUUCCCCGUCCUCGCGAACGAUCAGAUCGCUCGACAUCCAGCACACCGAUAAUCUGUCGCUGCACGACGCCGGAGCCGCCGUCGCAUCCAACUCGGCAUCCGCGUCGACCUCGGCGUCCCCUGCUAACACGUCCUAUUCAUCACGUCAAGAGUCCCUCAUGAGCGAACAAAAGGUCGUCUCGUCCAUCGUCUCUCGCUUGGUCAAUAAGCUGCCAUGCAACUCGGGAAUAAAACUCGCCAUGAUGGAGUUGGACGACGGGGUGAAGACGACGGUUGAGAGCCUGCUGCAGAUCUCUCGCAUUCGUUUGUCGUUGGUUGUACAUGCGCUUGCGAGCGCGCUCGAGACGCUGUCCAAGGUAUGUAACAGCGCAACUUUGAGCCAACUGACGCCGCAGUACUCGAACAACCUCCCCCUCGUUGACGCUCCGCUUGACACGAUCCACUCUCAGCUCUACGUUCUUCACCUUCUCGUGCGAUGUCUGUCCGAGUCAUGGCGCCUGAAUUCCUCGGCUGCGACGCCUACGGCCUCGGACCUCCCAACAUGCUGGCCGGAUCCGCCCCCGUUGGAUGACCAUCUCGCGCGUCACCUGCUUGGCGUCCUGGUCAUCUACAUGCGAAUGGUGUCGGACGACAGCGCACAGCUGAGCGGCGCGUUAUCUCAGAUUCCGCGCGACGGCAAGUCGCCCAGCUCCGCAUCGGUUGCGUCGUGGGCUCAGGAGCACCCUGCAUCGACGGGCUACUCACUAGGACCGAAGUUUAUUCAGGAGCAUUCCUACCCGUCGGCGUCGGCUUCCGGUUCCAUCACGGCACUCGCAUCGGAAGACGCGCGGCUGAUCGGUCCCGCCGCGUCCUCAAUCCCAAUGGCUAUCAAGGAGCUGACCAAGUGCACGUCUCGCAUCGUCUUCUUCCUGUCGGCUUCCAACUGGCCGCUGGUUCUGUCACGCAUCAAAGCACGGGUCGCGCACCUUACGACAACCCUGGAAGAGAACCCGGAGCUAGUGGAACUGCGUCUGCUCGAGUGGGCUAAUGUUGACUCAUCUAGGCUGGCCCAGGCCCUCCAGGAGAUCUCGACCCCGUUCCUUCACGUUAAGCGACCAGCACAAACCGCCUUGGCUUCGGCUUUGCGCAACGCCAUCUGGAACUGGAUCGAUGUGUAUCCGGCAGAGUACCAGUCUCUCAUCGAGGGCACGCGCAAGCUCGACGGCAGCCCGGAUGUGCUCUUCGACGUGCUCUCGUCAAUGUCGGAUGCGACCGCAUCGAACAAGCGCGUCAAGGUCUUCUACCCGUUGAUGGCCAUGCUUUUGGUUCUGUCGCCGGAAUCUAUGAAGCGCAUUGCCCUCGGGGAAAGCUCUCGGGGAAACUCGAGCAUCGCUAAGAAGGCGAGCUUCAUGGAGAAUCUUCGAAGAGGGCUGGGCCAGAGCAAGUCGUUCGAGGCCUGCGCCGUCUGCUACGUCGACCUCGUCCGUGCAGGCGUGUCCCUGAGCCCCCGCUUAGACUCCUCCGGUAUCCGAUCGAUGUUGCCGGAUCUCCAGAGCGACCUGAAGAAUGCCCUCUUCUACUCGUCGCUCUCGACCGAGAUCAAUGACCAGAAUGUGCUCGUCGAGGGCCUCGUGGCCUUGUACCGGUACAACCCGAGCCAGACCGCCUCCCACAUCUUCCCCAAGCUGUGGAACGACUCGUCGGAUAUCAGCAAGAUUAUCGGCGUGCGCGCGUGCAAGGCGAUCGUCUUGGAGGGGCAGAGGUUGCCAUGGCAGCAGUCGGCAAAUGCUCUCCGUGCAGACGUUGCCGCGUCCCUGCGGGCAAUCCUGAAGUCUCAUGUCAACUCGUCCCUCAACGGAUCUUCCUCCCGCAGGCCAGGACGACCAAGCUUGGAAAUCCCGUCGACGGAGACCGACCUCAUUUGGGAGACGCUCGACCUCAUCGCGACCGACCCGGCCUUUGCGUUUGAGAGCAUUGGCGACGGAAACGACACGCUCGGCCAGCUCCUUAUUUCGAUCUCGUCAUUAACGGCGGCUACCAACUCCAUGACGAUUCGAAGCCAGGCGUCGAAGACGAACCUCGCCAUCCUCCACAGCCUGACGGGUGGCGCCAAGACGGACGCGGCGAUGACCCAGCUCACCGCGACGACCGCACCGGCCAUCUGGCAGAUCCUCAUUGACGCGAGUCGGCAAUUAUUGAUCGAUUUCCAGAUUGGCGACGUUAAUGACAUGGCGAUGAUGGCGGGGGCGUUCCGUGAAACGAUCUACGCUGUUCUCGAGACCGUCUCGGUCCUCCCGGAAAUCGCCAAGGCGCCCAAUGCGAGGAACGCUGUUCUUAUUGCCAAGGUCGCCACGAUCACGAGCCUGACCGGCCCCGAUGUCGAGCAGACCAACCUCGCCGCGCCGGCUCUCAUGGCUCUCUCGAAGCUGAUGCUUAUCGUGCGUUCGGCUAUCAGCAAUAGCCAGGCGCAGAUGGACGAGAUCACGGGCCACAGCCAGAUGCUCGCCGAGCUCGGCUCCCUCCCGCCUGCGACCGGACGACAGCAGCAGCAGCGCGCCAUCCGACGCAUCAUGAAGAAGCACGUCCGCCCGUCGACUCUGCUCAGCACUGUCUGGCUCGGACUUGCUGCACGCGUCAAGACGCUGACCGCCAAGAUUAUCGCCGCCGAGAGCGACGAGGCCGCGGACCGUGGCGACUUCCGCCGAAGAGGCUUGGCCAACGACAUUGACGGCCUGACCGAGGAGGAAUCGAAGGAAUGGCAGAACCUUAUCGCCUUCCUGUGCGCCACCAGCAAUGUUUGCUUCCACGACAUGUCCCUCCCGCCCAACAUCACUGAAGUUGUCGGAAAGGGUGUGCUCCCUCGUGUCUAUGACGAAGCGACCGACGCUCACAGCGCAGUGGAGUCCUUCCUCAGGCAGUGUGUCGACUUUUUAGUCAGCAGCUCCAUCCACGUCCGCGAGUCCAUCAAGGACGCCCUCGGCAACGAGCUGCCGCUCAGCCUGUGCCGCGUGCUCGUUGUGCAGAUGUCAAAGCUCCUCUCGCACUCUGCCAAGAGUGGCAGCCUCAACACUGCUGACCCAUACACGACCUUCACCGAGCAGGCGAUCGCUGUGCUUCGUUUGUGGGUCGACCGCGUCAACCCUGGCGAGAACGCUGGCGGUGUUCAGGUUGACAUGGGCGAGCUCCUCUUCAUGAUCGCCCAGUACACUCACCGUCUCGGUCGCGAGGACACAUACAUCAGGAUCAAGAUCAAGUUCUGUCAGCUCAUGGAGGCUGUCUUCAGCAAGCCCGAGUUCGUCGUCCUCGGCAAUGCCAGCAAGCUCCGCAACGCCCUCCUCGAGUGGAUGUGCGAGUGGUCCAUCGAGUCGUUCCGUGACGAGUUCCACAGCAACGCGCAUGACAAGCUCCAGCGCGACCUGGACCUCGCCUGUCUUCGUGCGCUCAUUCCAAUCACCGACGGCCUCGUUAUCCGCCAGGUCGGCGACGACAACGAGGAGACACAGCUGGUGGUCAAGUCGCGCCUGUUCUACCGCUACUACCACAUGCUGGUCCGCGUGCUCGAGCGCUCGAACUCUUUAGAGACUGAGUCGUCGCAGGUCGCUGCGUCCGUCUCCAACCUCAGCAUGCGCGUCGGACCCGGCGAGAGCUACCCUGCUCUCGCCAUUCUGGUUCUGUCGAACCUUCUCUCCGCCAAUGUCGAUGUCGGUCUCAAGCACUGCUUGUCGCUCGGCUACCACGAGGACUCGUCUAUCCGAACGGCCUUCAUGCAGUUGAUCACCAACAUUCUGCAGCAGGGUACCCGUUUCGGUGGUCUUGCGACCAAGGGCGGAACGUCCGCCCCCAAGGCGUACUUUGACGCCCUGACGGCUCCCAACCUCGCUCUUGCUAUGGCCAUUUGCGAGUCGUGCCCGCCAGGCGAGGUCGACGAGAUCUCCAUGAUGCUCUUCCGCGUCUUCGAGUCGAAGGGCACGCUCCUCAGCCUCAUGAAGGUCCUCAUUGAGCGCGAGGUUGCCCAGACCAACCACGAGUCGGAGCUGUUCCGUGCCAACUCGAUCACGACCCGUCUCCUGACAAUCUUUGCGAAGACCUACGGCUACAACUACGUCCGCGCGACCUUGCAGCCGUUGAUUCACUCGCUGUCCGAGAAGCCCGCCGAGUGCUCGUUCGAGCUGGACCCCUCAAAGGCCGGUGCCGACGACAUAGAGCGCAACGCCGAGCACCUGAGGCUGAUGUGCCAGGCCCUCCUGGACAUCAUUUAUCAGUCGACGCCUCGUGUGCCGAUUCUGUUCCGAGCUCUCUGCCACCACAUCUGGGAGGUCGUCGAGGAGCGCUUCCCCGACUCGAGGCACUCGGCCGUCGGAUCCUUUGUCUUCCUCCGCUUCUUCUGCCCGGCCAUUGUCGCCCCGGAAGGCAUCGACCUCGACGUGAACCCGGACACGCGCGACACCCGCCGUGCUCUGCUGCUAAUCACCAAGGUCAUUCAGAACCUCGCGAACAAUGUCCUGUUUGGCAACAAGGAGGCACACAUGAAGGUUCUGAACCAGUUCUUAUCCGAGAACAUUCGUCAGGUUACCAAGUUCCUGUCCGACGUUGCUGUCCGCCCGCGCAGCUGGGAGGUCGCGCACGCUACGAAGACGUUCCAGGAGGAGAGCGAGCGGUCGCUGGACGCCGAUGGCGACAACCUCAUUAUCCAGCGAUUCGUGUUCAAGCACAUCAGCCGCCUGGAGUCGUCGCUCGACAACCUUCCUCCGUCGUUCCGCAGCCGGCAAUCGACCUCGACCCGGUCGAUUCGCUUGGAUCUCGAUGGCAAGUCGAUGCUCCAGUCGCUCCGCCGCCUCAUGCAGGAGACUGGCCCGCCCACGGACAUGUCAAACCUCAGCAGCAGCACCAGGUCGCAAGUCUACGACGACUUUAUGCGUCACAAUGCCGGCCGCAGCACCGAGUCUGUUAACACCGCAUUCUACGAGGGCCCCGCCUCUCAGAACGGCCGCCGCAUCUUCUACUUUGUCGUUGCUCGCGUUGCCCUGGUCGACUACGACCUGCUCGCAUACCACGUCUUCUCGCUGCUCGACAAGGUCACCGAUUUCUUCGACCUCGUCAUCGACCUGACAGACUUCUCGCCGACGACUGAGAUGCCGAUCGCCUGGCUCCGCCGCUCGCUGCAGAUGUGCCCGCCGGGUAUCCUGCCGCUCGUCCACACGCUGGCGCUGUACAACCCCAACUCGUACGCCCGCAAGCGCCUUCGCCGCAUGAUUGCCGACCUGUCCACUGUCGGCACGACGAUCGGCAAGAGCGUCGUUGCUGCCAGCAGCCCUGCCGAGCUCGCCGAGUUCAUCCCCUUCACGUCCCUCGCGCUUCCGGACCACACGAUGGCGCUCGCCUACGAGGCGGACCACGUGUUCACCAACUUAUUGUGUCUGUCCGACCACGAGAUGCAGGUGCCGGUCGUUGUCAAGCUUGGCGAUGACUGUCUCCAGGUCGCCUCGUGGAGGAAGCAGGACCUGACCGCGUCGCUCAAGGCUUACAUCAUCGAUGUGAUCAACCUUAAGGACGUUGAUGACAUUGUGGCCGGCACGGGCGUGUCGUCUGACCAGCUCAUCGUGAAGCACUCGCAGAACCAGAGCGUCACCUUUAUCUCGCGCAAGCGCAACGAGAUGGCGCAGAUCAUCCGUACCGCCCGAGGAAGGUUGAGGGACACUCCCUCCGAGGAUCGUGCUUUGCGACCGAGCGACGUGCCCGGCACGCUGCUGAACGUUGCCUUCCUGAACAUGUCGUCGAGCGACGAGGUCCUCCGCAUGGGCGCUUACAACCUGGUCAACGAGCUCUGCUCCUUCUUCAAGUACGACCUGUCGUCGCAGAUCUCCAAGGUCAACAGUGGCUUGCUGAUUCCGACAAACUCGCUGUCCUAUGUCUACAAGCUGUCGAAGCAGCUCGCGACCUCGGCGCCAAACCUCACCCUCGAGUUCCUGAAGGAGUGGACGAUUGGCUUUGCCAAGGCGGACACGCCCCAGAAGACGGCGUGCUUACACUACGUUGGCCCAUGGCUGAACAACCUCGAGCUGUUCGCCAAGCCCACGCGUGACGACGGCGUCGAGAGCGUCAAACAGGUUGCCGAGAUUGUGCGCAGUCUCAUCUCGCUCACUGUCGCCGAGAAGAGGCGUCUGCAUCUGACGCUGCAGGAGCAUGUUUGGAGCGUCAUUGGCUCGUCGCACGAGGCCCUUGUCGAUCUUGUUGUGACCGAGUUACUCCACUCGGCUGUCAACGCUGGACCCGGCUCCGAAAAGGCCGAGACGGUCGCCGACAUUCUCGUGUCGCUGAACUGCACCGCCGUCAAGGGCAAGGUCGUUGCUCGUCUCCGCAAAACGAUUGCGCAGACGUACCUCCGCCCGACGGCGAGCCUGACGGACAGCGCGUCGUGGAACGAGAUUUGCACGCUCGCACGGAUCAACCUCGCGCUCGCGUUCAACCCAUCCAAUGCCAUCGACACGCAGCUCUUCCUCCCCGAGCUGUUCCACACGAUCACCCUCAUCGUUGGCAUUGGCCCCGUCUUCAUGCGCCAGACUGUGCACGGUCUCGUCGUGAACAUUCUGCAGUCGCUCGCGUCCAUCUCGUCGAGUGACAUGGACAGCGCCUCCUUGCUCCACCUCCUGCAGCGCCUGCAGCAGCCCGAGAUGAUCGCCGCGUUUGGCCUCAGCCAGAGCGCCGGCUCGCUUGAGCUUUCUGGUCUGCCUCAGUGGGACCAGAACGGCGUCAGCCACCUCGACUCGCUCGAGAUGAUUGUCAAGUUCCUCGGCGACGUUCUUAGCGCCGGUGCCAUCUCGACCGACUGCGCAAAUGCCUGGCGCGCCCGAUGGAUGGGUCUCGUCGCUGCAACGUGCUUCCAGCACAACCCGGCGACGCAGCCUCAGGCGUUCACUGCGCUCGGCUACUUGGCUUCCGACGAAGUCGACGACGACCUCGUGUAUCAGGUCCUCGUCGCGCUCAGCACGACGCUCACGCACUUCCAGGAGACGGACACGGUCCUCAUCGUGAGCAUGCUGCGCUGCCUUGCACGCGUCAUCCCCGGCCUCGUCCCUGAGAGCCGGUACGCGCCUACCAUGUUCUGGCUCGCGGUUGCGGUGUUGCAGCUCGCAUACAUCCCGCUGUUCGCACCGGCGCUCGAGCUGCUGCUCACGACUGUGCGCCACAUGAACGCGAUUGGCAGCUUCCAGAACGGCCUGUUCGACAACCUCCUUGCUGCGCGCAAGGCUGUUGGGGACUCUGCACGCAAGCUCGACCAGAUCUGCGGCAUCAACUUUGACACCGACCCGUGCUUCUCGCUCGUCGCGAUCAUGUACAAGGGUGUCCGUCACCCUAACACGAGGCGGCUCACCAUUGCGACGCUUACCGAGUUCCUGCGGUUGUCGACGGCGACGCGGACGGACCUCAACUCGGAGGACAGCCCGCUCAUUGGCGCGCAGAGCGUCGCGUUCUUCACUUCGCUGCUUCCAAUCUCGUCGGCGAACCCGUCCGACCUGAAGGGUCUCUUCACGGCUGCCGGCGUCGACGUUGCCGAGGAGGAGCUCCGCGAUCUCAGCACACUGUCCGUGUUUGACCUGCUCGCCAUCCCCGACAACUCGACGGCGCUUCUCCUCGUCACGCUCAUUGUCACGAUCCUUGGCCAGGCGAGCACGGACACGGAGAAGCUCGUGCUGUACCGUUUGCUCGCCGAGGCGAGCAUUGAGAUGCCCGAGGUCGUCGCAAUGGCGUACGACUCGCUCAUCCCGCGCAUGACGGCGGUGCUCACGACGACGGCAAGCACGUCGAUUCUCUCGGCCGUCACGCUGAUCUUUGAGCGCGCCAUGGCCGACUCGACGUACUCGUUUGGCGCCCAGGCCAACGGCGACCGCAAAUAUGGCGGGUCGUCGCUCGGGUCCAACGUCUCUGGCGCUCGCGAGCAGGUGCUCGAGGACCUGGGCAUGAAGGGUCUCAGCGAUAUGUCGUUCCAGGGCGUCAAGAUUGACCGACUCGGCAGCAUGGCCAAGUGGGUGGCGUCUCUGAUCGAGUCACUCACCAUCUAA